UGAGUUUUUGUACAGCUGUUUAUUGGGUCACAACUCCCCCUUACCUGAUGGUUCACCUGUCUUUAUAUGAUUUGCUUUUGCGACAGUUGCCCGGUGCCGAGCAGGCAAACAAACAGCCUCGUGUUUGUAAUUUUAAAAAUAACAAAUAUACUUUUGUUUAUAAAAAAAUGAUCUACAUCAAUGUAUAAAAAAAAAUGGAUAAAUUUCACGAUGGUUAUGAGUUUUACAAAAAAAUGAUGGAGCUUCAAGAAAAGUUGGGUAAAAGUGAAGAAGAGAGAAUACGAUUGGAAGAGCGUUUUAAUAAUUUAGAAAAAGAAUCACGAAUCAGACACGAAAGCUGCAUCAAUAAAUUACGUAUGAAAUAUAUUGAAUUUCUUGAAGAAGAAAAGAUACGUGAUGAACGUAAUAACAUGCUGUUAGAUACAUUAAAAAAUAUUGAUACAAAUUUGGCGCUAAUGAGUGCUAAGACAGACAGACUUCAAUGGUUAAAGAAACAAUAUGAAGCAUCAGUUGGUUAUACUGGAGUAUCAUCUGGACCACGAAUAAACAGUGCAACUGGAGACAGUGGAAUAAUUGUCAGUCAAAAUGAUAAAAAACCAACAGAAAAUUUUCAAUAUCCAUUACCAGGCAUAACAAAAAAACAAAUACUUGAUAAAGAAAUUUUAUCAUGGCCAUUAACACCUAGCAAACCAGCUAAUUUAUCUUACAAUCAUCUAGCAUCAAAAAUUCAUGGAGAUUCAGUAUUUAUUGAUCAACAAGAAUCUGAUAAAAAUAUAUACAAAUUACAGCCAAGUAUUAUUAGAAAAACUGAUGAUGAUUUACAACAACAAAUAAAUAAUUAUAAAUACGAUUCAUUGUCUUUUAAAUGUCCUGAAAAAUUAUAUUCACAAAAAAAUACAAAAUUAUGUGGAAUAUUAUCAAAGACAAAAGAAGAAUAUGCUGGUGAUGUUUUGGAAAAUGAAUUAGAAAAAUAUAUAAGUAAAAUUCGUGGUCUUCAUGAUCGUGUUGAAUCACAAAAAAGUAUUGAUGAGUAUAAUGAUUAUGAAGAAAAUACAAGUGGUGAUAUUUUAAAUGUAACAUUAUUUUCUGAUGAUGGAACUGAUCAUUUGCCAAUUGAGGAUAAAAAAGUACAAUUUGUAUCUCAAGAAGUUGUUAAAAUAUUGUCAUUAGCUGAUGAUUUGGCUUCGAGAACAAUUGAUGAUCAACAAAUGUUUGAUGAAAGUAUUAAACAUGAAGAAGAACAACUUCAAAGUGACACUGGUAAAUCUAUAAAUUCACCAGACAUUGAAAUCAUUGAAAGCUCAUCUCUAAAUAGUGAUGACCAUCAAGUUAUCAAUAAAGAGAUGAUAUCACCAAAAAUAAAUCAAAUAAAAGACAAUUUUAAUGAAAAUUCAACUGGAAAUUUAAAACUGUCAAGUAACCAACAAGUAGUUGAUGAAAUAAUUAAACCCAACGACAACAUUACAUCUCAUCAGACAGCAAAAAAUAAACCUGAAGAUAAUUCAAUAAACAACAGUAAUAUUGUCAACAAAAUAAAUGCCAAAGAAGAUAAUAAAAGUGUUGAAAAUUUAGAGAAUAAAAUUGAAGAGUUAUUGUUAAAUAGUAAAAUAGAAUCUCAUGAAUAUUCUGUUAUUUCAGAGAAUGAAGAAAUGAAUACUGAUAAUUACAAUGAAAUAAUAAAUUAUCAAGAAGAACUACAUGCUCAAGUAGUUAGUCAAGAUGAUGAAAAUAUUGUUGUUAAAUAUCCAGAAACACAAGACAAUGAUAUCAAGGUUUUAACAGUUGAUGAAGAAAAUAAAAAUGCAAGUGUUACAGAGUACUAUCACAAUGACAAUGAAGAUAAUAAAAUAAUAUACAAUGAUGAAGUUCCUCAGUUGAAUUACGAUCCACAAGAAUAUGUAGAAAAUGCUGAUGCAUAUGUUGAUCAUUCUCAAUACGAUGGGGAUGGAAAAGCUCAACAUUACAUGGAAAAUAAUCAAGGCAAUGGCAUCUUGUAUGAUGUUGCUCAACCAGUCUACGAUACCCAGCAAGAAUACGUGACAGAUAAUGUGCAGUACAAUCCGGGAGAUGGGUAUUCACAAUAUCAAGAUGAUCCAAAAGCUCAGCAAUAUGUUGAACAUGAAUAUCAACAGUAUACUGGAGAAGUUGGUAAUCAAGAAUAUCCAACAAAUUACACUGAUGAUCCAAAUGGACAAUAUUAUCAGCAGUAUACUGAAGGCCAAGGUGAACAUUAUGCAACUGAAUAUCCUCAAGAUAUGACUCAACAACAGCAAGUUUAUAAUGACCCUAAUUAUGAUUAUACAAAUUACAACGAAACACAAAUGUAUCAAGUACAAGAUAGCCAACAAAUUGUUGAUGAUGAUAAUACAGUUUUAAAUAAUGAAACAAUUGAUAAUGAAAAUUUAAAAAUUGAUGAUAAUGAAAGGGUUGAUGAACUUUCAACAAUACCAGUUAAUUUUAAUAAUAAUAAUGCUAAAAAAAAUACAAAAAAUGUGAUUAAAUCAAUCAUUGAAUCAGAUACUGAUAGUACAAUUGAAAAUAAUGUAUCAAAUACUGAAAGUGAUUUUGAUUUUAAUAUGUAAAAAAAUAAUAAUUAAUUGUAUAUUUAAAAAUAGAUAAUAAAUAUAAUUUUGA